AUGCCUUUUGACUUCAAGGCCUACGACCAGAAAUGCCAGGGCUUGACGCUCGAGGAGCUACAGCGAGAAUGGGAGCACUACACCCGCCUAAUUUCGGGCGCUGCCACGUCGACUGCGGUGUCGGGAUGCGCUAUCCCCCUCACGCUCGGUGUCUCGACCAUUGGAGUCGCGAUGGCAGCACCAGCGAUCCACAACGCACGAAAGAAACGCGAGAUUAUCGAACGGCAUCUCAAUCGACUUAACGCCACACAUAAGACACGAAAGCGCGAUGUUCUGGGAAGCAUGGCGGUCAGCGGGACGAUCGGCGUUGUCACCCUGGGAGUCGGAAGCAUGGGCGCUGAUGCAGUAGCGACUGCUGGUGCAGAGCACGGCAUCCAAUCAAUUGUUGCAAAUGAGACUGCCAUUAAGCUCGUGUCGCAUGCUGCGCUUGAUGGCGCGGGGAUGAUGGUUGAGCAUAAGCAUACGGACCAUCUGAAGAAGAAGGAUGCGCGAAAGGCGUUCCAGAAGGCUGGUGUUUUCCAAGCUGUGCAGGAUGCUAAGGCUGCUGAGGCUGGGUAUACAAUCCAGCCGUAUCAGAACAAUGGUCAAGUUUACGCUGCUGGGAGUUCAUCUCAGGCGCUUCCGCCUCCGCCUCCGCCAUAUAAUGUCGCUGUUGGUCAGACGCCCGUACCGCAAAGUUAUAAUCUUACGCCAGAUGGGUACUCCCAAGACUUGAAGGCUCCAGUCGUCCAACCGCAAGCUCAGCAGUACCAAUCUUAUUUGACUCCGCAAGCCACCGGACAACCGCCAAUACAACAGCAGCAUGACUACUCACAGCAACAAGUCCCGACAUACGGUGCACCAUCGCCUAUGCCCCCAGCGAACACGCAGAUGUUCUCACCACCACAGACUCCAGCCGUGCAGUACCCUCCUCAGACUCCGCAGGCACCAAACAUGCAGCACGCACAGGCGCAGCCUCUCUACCACCAGCAGACAUCAGUCCCGCCAUACAAUCCUGCUGUGACACCGCAACCGUUCAACAUGACUGCCAUGCAUCAGGCUCUUCCUCCCGCUACCCCUGCGCCAUCAACUCCGUAUCAUCAGCCGCAGACACAACAGGUCCCAGGCAUGGUGUUGCCUACGCCUCCUCAGGACAGCACUCAGGCCUAUAUGCCUCAACAAGUACAGCCGCAGCCGACUGGGCAGAUUGCUGGUGCACCUCAAGCGGGAUACUUCCCAACUGUCCCAGCAACACCAGCUGGAUAUCCACCUGCUGUGACGGUUCAGCAGCAGACAACACCGCAGCCUGCUGCUCUAGCUCAGGUGCCACCGCCUGCUGAUCCAGCAAAUGUCUACCAGACUCCGGUGCAGCAUGUUGCUCAGCACCAGACGGGAUAUCAGCCAUCUCCUAUACCGGCUGCUCAACCGCAGUAUCAUCAGCAGCCUGCCUAUACAUCACCCCAAGUUCCUCAACACACUGGCACUUAUCAACAAGCCCCGGCACCUGCUCCUGCACCUGUUGACCGAAGAAGCUCGUUGAUUGCCCCGCACCAACCAACCUACGCACCCCAUGCACCAUACAAUCCUCAAGAUUGGGCUCCUAAACCUCAGCAAGCAUAUACUCCUCAGCCCCCUAGCAUGGCCAGUCCAGCUGCACCAGCUAUACAGUACCAGAUGCCGCCAACUCCUCUCCCAACUGGCUCAACAGUGAAUCAGUAUCAGUACGACAACAAAGGUUCAUACUUUCCAGCCCAGCCCCAAACUCCUCAACAAUAUCCACCAGCAAAUUACCCCGGGGCACCGAUGCCCAAUCCGGUACAAGUGACGCAGUAG